AUGGAUCCAAUCCUGGAAUAUAACGGCGUUCAAAUAUUUCCUUUUGACAUGGACACGCUUGAUUCCGAAGGUUUGCUGAACAAUGCAAUCCUGGACUUUUACUUGAAAUAUUUGUACGACGCAAAAUUGUCAAAUGAACAACGCAAAAAAGUGGAGAUUUGUACCAGCUUUUUUCACCUCAAGAUGUUGCAAGAGGACAACGAAAACUUGGAAUUGCCACAAAUACAUAUUCUGAACAAAGAUUUCGUGCUGAUUCCGGUGAAUGCGAAGCAGCAUUGGUUUUUAAUCAUCUUGUGCUAUCCACGAAAUCUCGUUGACAACAACAACGAUCCGAAAGAACGUCCACGCAUUAUCGUUCUCGAUUCCUCCAUUGAUUUUCUCAAACGACAACGAAAAGACUUGAUGAAAAAGCUAUUGUCAUUCGUUCAGGAGCAAGUUAUGAUUGAAUCCGGUAAAUCCGUUGAUGUUGAUGUUUUGUCAAUCGAUAUUGUACCAAUUUUGCAACAAGACAACGAAUUUGAUUGUGGUUUGUUCUUAUUGGAAUUUGCCGAAAAAUUUCUUUUGGACAAUUUAGAAAAUUUUCAAGAAACACCAAGCAGCUCCGCCAUCGAAAAUGUUACCAUCGACUGUGACGAGAAACGACGCCACAUCAAAGAACUCAUUGAAACAUUGAGCGCAUCACAAUAUAUAUGA